UGGAGAAUUUGCGUCAUGCUGGGAUUUGUAGUUCCUGCAGUUGUAGUUCCCGUGUGAUUGCGUCAGCGGAAGUGUACUGGCGUAGACGAGCGAGGUCACAUUGGUGCAGUUUUGUAAUGUUGUGAAGUAUCGCCACAAUGGGGACAGCUAACGCAGAGGAGGUGCACUUGAGGCACGUGGAGACGGAUGUGCUCAUCCCCCAAAAAAUGCGUGAGAAAGCCAAGGAGCGCUGCGCUGAAAGGGUUGAAGCCUUUAGCCACUGCUGCCGGGAAAAAGGGUUCUUCAUGGUGUUCAAGUGUCGAGAGGAGAAUUCAGCCCUGAAGGAAUGUCUGACGCUACACUACAACGACCCGGCUUUCUUUGAAGAGUGUAAGCAGGAAUACAUCAGAGAGAAGCUGGAGUUUCAGAGGACGGGAAUCCCAAUGAAGAACAGGAAACAAAAACUCCCAACUAGCAUGUGAAGGAAAACACGUCCAUGAAAAGAGAAGUUGGGAGUGUGCAGCUCUGCUCAAAGCUGGCACCAUAUUCUGCAAACCCAGAUAUUCUCCAAACCCAUGUGCUAAUAAAGACGCAAGCCUGUUUAUGUCAAUUUAGAAUUUUGUAAGUGAUGAUACUACUUCAGUGGUCAAGGCUGGCCUAAAGUCAAGUUGAAUGUUUUUUGUAUAUAUGCAAAGUGCUACUCAGAUGGACACAAUUGUUGCAUUUUCAUCACAUCUACCCAACAUUUACUAAAUGAGUGACUAUGGUACAGUUGCCCGCUGUGCCCGAACCUGGAAAACAGUGCAGUGCUUUAGAUUUAGAGGUGAGCAGUUAUGUGACAUAUGGAUGAAAUGUGCUUGUUCUGUUUAAAUUCUACAGUGAUAGUGAGGACUCUGCUUUUGUAGUGCGAUCAAGUUAAAGCCAGGAUGUCAUAAAAGUGUAGACUUAUCACAUAUUUGUAAGAUAAUAAAUGUAAGAUUUGUUUUUAAAGUUGGAAGAAAAUCCUUUGCACUCAACAACUUGUUCUUAACUUGUCUCUUUAGUUGCUGCUGGGCGGUGUUGCCAGAAUGUAUUUAGAUGUUGAUACAGUUUGUGAUGUCUGACUAACGUUUCAGAGCUGAUAUUGCUUGAACACUAAUUCAGCAUUCUAUGCACAGACUGGACCUGAUUAGAUCUUUGCCAGGGCAAUAAAACAAUGAGUAUGAACCAAAAAAGUGUGAGCUCUUAAGCUGAAGAAAUCUGCAUCUGAAAAAUAGGCGAUUUAAAUCUUUAGUUGAUUUUUAGUUGACUAUUUAGAUUGAUUUUAAUUUUAUUACCUAUGGGUAUUACUAUGGGUAGACCUGCCUAAGCCUGUACCUUUAAUUGGCAUCGGAGCCACAUCAUUAAGAUGAUUAGGACUGCAACUAACGAUUAUUUUGCUACAGAAUAAUCUGUCAAUUAUUUUUUUGAUUAAUCGGAUUAAAAAAUAUAUAUUU